AGUUAGCGGGCUGCUAACCAGCUGUUCGUUCUCACUCUCUCAUUCAUUAGAAGAUCUUUUAGAUUAUUGUCAGCUCACAUUUCUUUUGACCUGUCACCCGUGUGCAUGUAAUACCUACCACGUUUGAUGUACUUCUUGUAAGUAGCAGGCCAGUAAUUGACGUGUGGUUAGCAUGCUACCAUUAGCUACGUUGAGGCUAAGUUAGUGCGCGCUGUGAAAACUGCUGAUGGUCACAUGGGGAUCCGAUGGAUCGUUGAACUGUGAAACAGACUGCUAGCGUUAGCCAGCAGUUACGAACAUGUCUAAACAGCUGACUGCGGAGCAGCAGAGAAAGAUUGAGGAGAACAGAAGGAGAGCUUUGGAGAGGAGAGCACAGAGACUCGGCCAGACCUCAGCGGGCUCCAGUGGUGCUUCAGAGUCCUCAAAACCGACGGAGACCUCAGAACCUGUCGCCUCCUGCCAUGACAGAAAACCACCAGAUUCAGCUUCUGGACGAAAAGUAUUUGUGCCACCCUUUAAAAAAGGCCUACAAAGUUUUGAGAAGCAACAAAACCAAGACUCAAAACUCCAGCAGGUACCUGCCACUGGGACCCAACGUGGUCCUUCCUGUCACAGUAGUCUACAGAACUCUGCAACUUCAAGACAGGUUCAACCUGAUAACUCGGUUCCUCAGUCAAAAUGUCAACACCUGAGUGCCCACAACCUGUCUGAUGGAGGUGGUUUGGGUUCAACAGCUGCUCAGUCCAACCAUAAGUCCUCCUCCAGUAGUGAUAUCACCUCAUUCUACAAGCAGGCUGGUAAACCCACCCAAAAUCCAGCCGCACAGCUUCCCUCAAACUUUUCACCUGUGAACUCUGUGUCUGCCAAAAAGCCUACUAUCUCCGUGAGAGGAACCUGUGUGCAUCAUACAGAGGGCCGCUUCAGGGUGGAAGUGGCCUACCAUGCAGAGCUUAUUGCAGUGUUUAAAUCCAUCCCAUCCAGAAACUUUGAUCCUGCAGCAAAGAUGUGGAGCUUCAGCCUGCAGGACUAUCAGCAGCUAAUGGAGGAAGCAGGUGCUCUUCCAUCUGUGACUUUGAGGCCUCUGGAGGGGAUGGAUGCAGUGGACGUUUUGGCAGCCUGCAGCCGGUCCCAGGACGGUGUCGCUUUGCGGGCUCUGCUGAAGCUGUGCAAUGCCUGGCAGAAACCUGGAGCCAUUCUGCAGGGCCAGUGCAUCCUCAUGUCUCCAUCCAGAUUUGAGGUGGAUGUCAGUUAUCACAUCGAUGUCGUAGCUGUGUUCAAGCAAAUGCCAACAAAGAGCUAUGACAUGAGAACACGAAAGUGGAGUUUUUCUCUGGAGGAUUACAAAAACCUCAUGGAUCUGCUCAGUGGGAUAGGAGCAGUGGAGGUGGAGCCUCUGCCCAGGGCAAUAAUCCAGGCCUUCUGUGCCAGGUUUGACGGGACUCAGGCCAGGUCUUCAGAUGUCCCUGAGGUGGACCUCUCCAGCAUCGACUCCUCGCUCUCCUGCAGCCUUAUGCCCUUCCAGAGGGAGGGCGUCAAUUUUGCAGUGUCUAGACAAGGACGACUCCUCCUGGCUGAUGACAUGGGCCUAGGAAAGACGGUGCAGGCCAUUUGUAUAGCAGCCUACUAUAGGAGCGAGUGGCCGUUGCUGGUUGUGGCUCCAUCAUCUGUGCGAUUCACUUGGGCUGAGGCCUUCAGAUGCUGGCUCCCUUCUCUGAGUCCUGAUAGCAUCAAUGUGGUGGUGAAGGCCAAAGACAGGCUGCGUUCUGGUUUGGUCAACAUUAUCAGCUAUGAUCUCUUGAGCAGGAUGGAAAAGCAGCAGCCAGGAAGUCCGUUUCAGGUUCUCAUAAUGGACGAGUCCCACUUUCUAAAGAACAUGAAGACGGCUCGUUGUAAAGCAGCUUUCCCCCUCCUGAAGGCAGCAAAGAGGGUGAUUCUUUUGUCUGGGACUCCCGCCAUGUCCCGUCCAUCUGAGCUCUACGCCCAGAUCCUAGCAGUCAGACCCAACCUUUUCCCACGCUUCCAUGAGUUUGGGAUGCGCUACUGUAACGCUAAGCAGAUGGCUUGGGGCUGGGACUACUCAGGCUCGUCUAAUCUCGGGGAGUUGAAGUUGUUGUUGGAGGAGACUCUGAUGUUGCGCCGCCUCAAGUCUGAUGUCCUCUCCCAGCUCCCUGCUAAACAGCGCAAGGUUGUCACGGUGACCAUAGAUGGGAUCAACACCCGUACCAAAGCUGCUCUGUCAGCUGCAGCCAAGGAGUUAGCCAAAAGCCAUCGCAACAAAAUGGAAGAGAAGGAAGCGCUCCUCAUCUUUUACAACCACACAGCUGAAGCGAAGCUACAGGCCGUUAUGGAGUACAUCACAGAUUUGUUGGAGUGCGGAAGGGAGAAGUUUCUCGUGUUUGCCCAUCAUAAGGUCGUGCUGGAUCAUAUCACCACUGAGCUGCGGAAAAAAAAUAUUGGUUACAUCCGGAUUGAUGGUGCUACACCAUCAGCUGAGCGGCAGCAGUUGUGUGAGAAGUUCCAGUACUCUGCAAAUAACUGCGUGGCUGUACUGUCCAUCACUGCUGCCAACACAGGCCUCACUCUGCACUCAGCUGACCUGGUGGUCUUUGCUGAGCUUUUCUGGAACCCUGGGGUUCUCAUUCAGGCUGAGGACAGGGUGCACCGUAUUGGACAAACCAGCAACGUAAACAUUCACUACCUGGUUGCCAAAGGAACAGCUGAUGACCAUCUGUGGCCCCUGAUCCAGUUUAAAAUGAACGUGUUGGAGCAGGUGGGCCUGUCUGAGUCAAACCUCUCAGACAAUGCUGUCAACGCCAGUUUCUAUUCAAAGGACCUUAACCAGAAGAGCAUCAUGGAGAUGUUCGAGCGGUCUUUCACUGAGGAGGACAAUGUGGAUGAAGGGAUGCUAAUGGAGGCUGUGGACGAUUGGGAGGACACCACACCGGGGAACAGUUCUGACCAGAACCACAGUGUGUCCGUACAACACUCCACUGAUAGAAAUAUCAAAGACUAUUUCAGCAGAUGACUCUGGAAACGGCUUCUAGUUUCAGCCAUUUAGACUUAAUCUGCUGUUGCUACAGUUGGUGGAUGGAGGGGGGUUGGUUCUCCUCACUCUGAAAACCUACAUGCUGAGGUGUUAUCCCCAUGGCCACGUGCAGCUGACCACAUAGUUUUGCUCAAACGCUAAACUUGUUAAUAGUUGUAAAAUAAUACUUUAAUAAACUGAUAUAUCGUACUCAGGAUUAUUUGGUGUAAUUCAUAGUUGCUGCUGUAACAGCAUUUGACUUCCAAGUUUCCCAAAUCAAAAGUUAAGUUUGUAAAAUAAUGAUGAGGAAUUCCAGUUGUGGUUCAUGCACCUUCCUGACGCACCUGCCAGAGCUGGUGAGGGUUUUGUAAUCGUGUGUGUGUUUGUGUGUGAGACUGCAAAGAUGAUUAUACAGCAUUAAUCCAUACAAACCUGCAAGAAAUAAUCAGUGUUUAAUGAUUUGUGUGGAUCUGAUGGUCAGAAAUGAGCGUUCCCUCGGUACUCAUCAAGCAGUCACAUGAUCGCCCUUGUUGGUGUGAAUUUCUUUUUUCUGUUGAUUAAAGUUUGACUUUAACACAACUGU